CCGUCCUCUUUCUCAAACACUCGUCCGUGCGCUCCUUUUUUAUCAGUCUAUCACCCCUCCGCCGGCCCUUCUCUGGGCUCCUCGCGGUGCGCACGCAUUUACGGCUUCACAUCUUUUCGCCUCCUGGCCAGAGUCUGGGUGCGAUCGACGCGUAGAUUGACCCGCCGCCGUCGCUCUCUGUCUCACCGUCACACAAGCCCCCGAUCUUGAUUAGCUGAGCCCAUCCUUUGACACUUACUGUGUUAGUGUUGCGGCUUGUCUCCAGCAUUCUGCGACACUCCUCUCAUCUGCCUCUCUCCUAACCACGAACCCACUUUGGGCCUCCUUGCUCAGCCAUGACAACGGCUGUUGCUUCACCCCCGGUCACGGCGCCGCAUGCUCCUCCCGCAGAGGGGGUUGGCAGUGCGAGAACAUAUGCGCCCAUUGCGCCCUUGACUUCUCCUCCUCACGCCGUGACGCCUUCCAAAUCCUCGAAGCUGGUUGCCGACAAUGCCUCGCCGACCUCAUCAACAGAUGGCACUUCAGCCCAGCAGAGAGCGGACGGAAAGCCCUCCAUGUCUCCUCCCAUGCAAGAUGCCUCUUCUAACCGCAAGCCUUCGAGCAGAUUGCGGAGCGCGCAAGCACCCAAGAUCGUCGUCAAGAAGGAGCCCUCCUCGCCCGACAUGACGAGCUCUCGUCACCGACCCAGACGGCUGGAUCUUUCAACCAACAGUCACAUCGUCCACACCUCCGGCGCCCUCACCUCUCGACCCGAUCCCAUGAGUUCAAAGGGGAGUGCAUCGAUAAUCGACGUCGGCCUUGCCUGUCUCUCCCCGGGCUUCCACACCCAGGACCCCACGAUGCGGGAACAACUUCAGCGCAGCAUAGAUGUCAGGGAACGACAGAGGCAGAUCAUUGAAGCGCGGCAGAAGCAGGGUAAAGGGGGCAACGCGGAUGAGGAGAGCGCCCAGAUGACCCCGUUUGGACGGGCAAUGAAGACUCCCAGCACUUCUCGGCGGAAGGGACCUCCCCCGGGUCUUUCCAUCGCACCCCCCUCACACCAACAGUUUGCAAAUGAGCGGGUUAUCCAGUCGGCGCCGAUCAACCAGUCCUUCACGGGCCUUCGACCUAAUAUUCCACCGUCUCGUCACGCUGCGAACGGCCCCUCAAACCUGUCGCAGACCUCUCACAUCCACCACGUCCCCGCAACGCAGACAAACAACCGCCUACCACCCAUCUCGGACGUGUUCCCCGAGCCACUUGGUGCACCCCGGAACCCAUUCAACAACAGCCCAGGCCACUCCUCGCACUCCAACAACCAGCCCCCGCUCCCGUCUCCCAGCUUUCCUCCCCAGCAGCAACAGGCCCCACAGCCGGCCCGCCGUCGCGAAUAUAGCUCGGCUGAGGAGGCCGUGCAGUCCCUGUCCGGUGGCCGAGAGGACCUCCUGCCCCGCAUUGUUCAUUAUGGUGGCCACCAGCCGCCUACCCCGCCCUCCCCGAUGCCAAAGCAGAAUGCGUCUUCAUCAUACGCGCCAGCAAAUGCAGAGACACAUCGCAGCAGCAGCUCCCGAAGGCGAGGUCGCGACGAGUACGAAAGGGAUAACGGAACGCCGCCCCUUGGUCGUCAGCAGCCCCGCACUGGACCCUUUGGCGAGGGCCGCGACACGCCGGAGACGCAGCGGAGGAAGAAGGAGGAAUUUAUCCAGCUUUGUUCGAGAGCAUGGGAUCUGUUCCACUCGUGA